AUUUAUUUCCUUUCUUUUUGAAAAAUACCAAAAUGACAUCCAAUUGGGACUUCAACAGAAUGUUUCAGAAGAAAGUCAAGCGAAUACUGAAUGAGUGCAAACAAGGCAGUCCACCUAAGAAGAGAGUGAUAGGCUACUCCUUCUCCCUUGCUUCGAGGAAUAGCGCGUUUAAUCAGACCAUAGGUGGUACAAGGGCCUUUGCUAAUCUUGGUCCUGGGUAUUAUGACUCUAGUCAAGAUAUGAGAACAACCUUUAUGUCUAAUUCUCCUAGUUACUCCUUCAACAAGGAAGACCCUUAUUUAUGCAAGCGCAUGUCUAAGAAGGGGAGUCAUAAUGAUAAACUCAUAAAAAGACUGAAGGAACGACUCCAGCGCAAUAGAAGCCACAGUGUAGAACGCAUUAGGUCUAGCCAGUUUCAAAGAUUCUCGAGAUCUAAAAGAUUCACCUCUACAAUGAAGGAUGAGCUACUGCGUCUUCAAAAGACUCGAGAUUUUUCUAAAUAAAAACUUCAUCAAAAUCAAUAUCAAGAAUCAGCCCGAUCAGGGAAAAGUUAAAGUUUUAAGGCAAAUUUGUAAGAAGAAUAGACAAGAACGGGAAAAACUUGCCAAAGAAAAUGCUAAGACCAGAUUUAACCAUGAAAUUCUAAAGAAAAAGAAGAUGAUUGCCGUCCGCAAUGCUCUCUUCUCAAAGAACUAAAGAUGGGGAGAGUAAUCAAAAGGAAGACUAUGAACAAAGCCACAUAGAGGAGAUCAUAGACUGAUACAAAACUCACUG